AUGCAGACCUCGACCUGCUUUAAUUGUCGCUUCGUGUCUCGAUACCUCUUCCAACAGCGUCUGGCCGAGCUACAGAAUGGCCGGCGGAGAUUAUCAUCCUUGUCGCAGGUAGACAUAGGACCAUCUUGGUACUGGGAUACACAACCCCCGACCAAGGAGAACCUAGCAGCCGCGGCGCACUUCUUCAAGAACCACAAGCCUUCUCGAUUAUGGACAGGCGAUCUCUGGAAGACAUCGGAACUAUGGCGCCGCUCCAAGAAAUCCUCAGCCCAGAAAAUCCUGGUUCCCGAAGUCGUCUUCCUCGGCCGGUCCAACGUUGGCAAAUCUACACUGAUCAAUGCUGUCACGUCGAUAGACCUCAACCGCGUCAGCACCACUCCCGGCAUGACCGAGGUAAUGGCUGCAUGGGGGUUGGCAGCAAAGGAGGCGGAUGGGGGAGCCAUAAAGGGGUGGGAUGGAGACGUGACACCGAAAGUCACACUCGUCGAUAUGCCCGGCUACGGGUUUGGAAGCAGAUCUGAAUGGGGCACUCAAAUCGUCUCGUAUCUGAACGCCCGAAGGAAUGUACGGAGGGCCUUUCUACUCGUGGACAGCGUGCACGGCAUCAUGGCUGCUGAUCGCCACAUGCUUGAAAUCUUCCAGAAGCUCGGCAUCCCCUUCCAGCUCAUCGCCACAAAAUGUGACCGUUUGCGCAGCAGCGGUGGAUCCGAAAGCGAGAUACGAGAGGUCCUUGAGAGAUUGAAAGAUCAGGCCAACAGAGACAAGUCUGCCUUGAUGUUAGGUGAAAUCAUUGCCGUGGGCUCUCUCCAAGAAGCCGCGGGGACAAAGCCCAAAGACGAUGGUUUCGGCAUCAGGAACUUACAGUGGGCCAUCCUCAAGGCCGCAAAUCUUGAAUGGUACGCCAUGGACAAGGCUGCUGUACACAAAGUGAUCGAUAAGAGCGCCACACAACGACCGCAAGAGAAAAUCCAGGCCGAGAUCUCACACCUUCUCCAGAAACGCGGCGAUGACACUCAGGCCGAGAAAUCAGCCGACACCGGGGCUUCAGCGUCGUCAGAAUCGCCGCCAAACCUUGGUCUGCGAGAAUUCAUGCGUGAGAUCCUGGGCACUGGUUCAGAGGCCGGCUCUUCGGCGGCAUCUCCUUCCCAACCCAACCGCAACCCUCCUAGAGUGUUUGACCCCCUGACGUCGGACGCUCCCGGAACUGCCAGAUGGAAGGCUCCUACAAACAUGCAGGACCAGCUCGACUCGGCCUACCAAGAACUGCAAAAGCACAUGCAUGCGGCCUCACCACAGGAUGAUAGAGACCCGACUCUCUCCCAUCAAACCACUCGUCCGUCCACCAACCGGGUGACCCAGAGGCCUGCCCCGGCCAGACGCAAUGACCAAGGCAAAGCCGCACCAGCCCCAACAACAACAACACCGCAAUCCAGUCGCAAACCCGCAUCAGGACAGCAACAACAACGACAACGACAACCACCUCUAACCGGCAAAGGCGUCUCGCUUGGCCUCGAUGCCUUCGAAGCCAUGUUUGCAGAACCGCCCAAGCAGACCAAAGCCAAGUCGAAGCAAUCUCAAAGCUCCGCUCGACAGCGCACGAAGGCCGGAGCAUCGAGUGGCCAGCCUGCAGCUCGCCAAGGCAAGGCCCAGGCCCAGGCUCAACGACCCAAAGAGCCAGCCAUGGUGGGCAAAGGUGUGUCCCGAGGCAUUGACGCAUUCGAGUCCAUGUUUGCCGAACCCGCGCAGGGGCAAAAGGCAAGGCGCAAGCGGUAG